AUGUCACAGGUUAUUCCAGAACGUUUUUACAAGACGAUAUCUUCGCUAGUACCUACCAACGAGCAGAUAGGAUACACGGACGACGCGACGGCCGUACACUUCGUCACCGUUCGGAUCGAAAACGCGCGUCCGCCUCCGUUACCUCUCGAGCAACCGUGUCAUGUGGAAAUCUACACCCUGCCAGUGUUCUGCUUAGUCUGUUCUGAUCGUUCGAGAAGUACGGGUCGUGAAUCGCGCGUGAGUCUCGCCAAGGAUUCAAAAAUGCGAUCCUAUCAUCUAUCCUGGGCGCUGGUGGUGUUAUUCUCUCUUGACAGCGCGCGAUCGCUAGACCUGCCCGAGUACCUGCACGUGUGCCACAAGGAUGACCCGAAGCUGACGGAGUGUAUGAAACAAUCGAUCGAAACCCUUCGGCCGUACCUGGCACGCGGCAUACCGGAGCUGGACAUUCCGGCCAUCGAACCGAUCAACCUCGGCGAUCUGAUAGUGGCGGAAAGUGUGCCCGGUCAAGGCAUCAGCAUCACCGCGAAAGACAUCAAAGCCUACGGACCCGGAAACUUUCGACUGAAGAGACUAAAUGUUGUGGAAUACGGAAAAGUGUACAGCUUCGAGCUGGAACUUCCGCACCUGUACGUUGAAGGACGUUAUGUGGUGGACGGACGAAUUCUGCUGCUACCGGUGAAGGGUGCCGGAAAGUUUACCGGAAACUUUACUCAAGGGGUAGGAAAUGUCCGCAUCAAGGGCGAUCGCAAGGUGAUCAACGGUAAAAACCAUCUUUCGCUUGCGAAAUUGGAUAUUAAAAUUAAGGUUGGCGAUGGAAAAAUUAAGCUGGAAAAUCUUUUCGGCGGUGAUAGGGUUUUGGGUGAAAUCAUCAACCACACCAUCAAUCAGAAUUUCGCGUUGCUGAGUCAUGAGUUGAUUCCGCUGAUCGAGAAGGCACUUCAGAGGAUAUUCAAACUGACGGGGAACAAAAUUCUGGAGCGAUUCCCGGAGGAAGUGUUAUUCCCAGAGUGA